CUUCCUAAGAGAAGGUGUCCCAACAAAUUCAGCCCAGGGCUGGUUUAGAGGUGAUGAUUUGGGCUUGUUCUGCAGACACAGGACCUGAGAAACUUGCAGUCAUUGAGACUACGAGGACCUCCAAUUCAUACAGGAAUAAUCUAGAGACAAAUGUGAGGCCGUCUGUCCAGCAGAUUAAGGCCGCAGGAGGAAUCUUUGGGCUGAUAUUAACAUUUCCUGAUCUGAUUGAUAACUGUGAAGAACUGAUUAAAAACAAACAUCAGACUGAAGCUAGCACAUAUCUGAAGACAAAAGCUAAAGAAAUCCUUGAGACUGUGAAGAAAUUAAAAAAGCCAUUGAAUGAAUUGCAAGAGAUGCUCAAUCAAAUCCCUGAAAUGGAGUGUCACAUUGAUUUGGCUCAGGAGAUGUUUGGAUCUCAAAUAUACACACGAGGCACCAUCUGUAUGGAGUAUACACAGAGCCAAAAGCAGGACACGAAGACACAGGAGUUUAUUCUCCUAUGCACAAAAGACAUAGGAGUAACUAAGAAUUGCUCCACAGGACAACACAAAUCGGGUGACAACAAGAACAAAAGACGGAAGAAGGAGGCUACUUCAACUAUAGACAGGAGUCUUAACCAGGAGAGGAAACUUGCUUUUCCGAGGAAACCACCACACAAGUCUAAAACAAAAAGACAUGGUUGAACAGGAACUCGCCCAGCAUUAGCUUCGAGGGAUAUAGGUCUUACCGGGUUGAUCGUGAUGCACGGCUAACUCAGAAACGUAGAGGAGGGGGAUUGAUGGUGCUUGUGAAUGAGGCCUGGGCGACUGAUGUGGAGGUGGAAAACAUCAUUAUAACUCCUGAUUAUGAGUUAAUGGUCGUGUCCAUUAGACCACAUGACCACCCUGAGGAUGCGCCACCACUUACCUUCAUCCAUGUGUAUAUCCCUCCAGGAACUAAUAUGAGUCAAGCCGCCAGAGACAUCGCUGGUGUUUACUAUGAUGUUCUGGAGCAGUAUCCUGGUGGUCCUGUUUUCUUGUUGGGUGAUUUCAACCGCUGUGACAUCACUCAUCUCUUA